GGCCUAUAAAAUCAGUGGGGGAUCAGCCGACAGAGGAGUAUAAUACCGACUGGCAACUUGCUCGAUUUAACACUCUGGACCGCAAUUUAUUUUUUUGACCACUUUUCUUGCGUUCCUUCUGGUGACUCGGGUCCUUCGGGUGCGAAAUAGAUACGCUGACGGCGAUGGCGUUUUUACCAACGAUAAUUCUGGUGGUCGUGGGGUUGCAAUUGGCAUUCGCCGAAGAAAUGUACUCCAAUAAAUACGACAACGUCGACGUAGACGUAAUACUGCACAGCGAUCGACUUUUGAAGCGGUACAUGGAUUGCGUUCUCGAGAAAGGACCUUGCUCUGCGGACGGCCGAUAUUUUCGAAGCAUCCUACCCGACGCUCUGGCAACGAAUUGCUCGAAAUGCACCAGAAAAAUGAAGCUUAACAUCAGGAAGGUGUCGAAGCACAUCAAGAAGGAAAGACCGGAUGACUGGGAAAGCUUUGUGAAAAAAUACGACGCUGAUGGAAAAUACAAACAAUCUUACGAACGUUUCCUGGACGAAUGAACUGCCCAAAAUUUCACGGGCAGUAUGAUUACUUGUUAAUUUCAGUUCCCGUGUUGACACAUCCAGGACUGGCCGUAUCACUAUACGAUAAUUCAAUGAUAAUCGGCGUAAUAAAAUAUUUAUUUGUACUAUG